GUGAACUGUAGCUUGUUCACUUUUGUCUGUCCACGGUUAUAAUAGUAUAACAUCAAAUUACUCUGUUUAGUCUUCUCAGUAAUCUCAGUCUUAGAUUUUUGCAUGCAGGGCUAAAAAUUGGAUGACCAACAAAAUAUAGGCUUCUGCAAACUCAGGUUCCCACAUGUUUUCUUUGAUGUUAGACUAAAGUAGGUCAGUACAUUACUGGAGAUUACAGCAUACAUCUAAAGCAUAAAACAGUUGACUUAUUUUCAUCGGUACGACACUUCAACAAACAUCUGUGAAACACAGUCAAGCAGAGGGGUGGGUGAGUGCUUUUUUAGACUCGCACGGGGACGUCUAGACAGCCUUGGGAGGAUAACUAGAUGCUUACACUGAAACGCGGGAGCUGGGUGGUGUCGCUGUCUCUAAAUGAGCUACGUGUAUUUGCAGGCUAGGUUACCUUAAAUUAUUUAUUGUACUGAUCCCGUGAAUGCACCCAAAUGGAAAUGUAUAAUGUCGGGACAAAAUAAAGAAAAAAAAAAUUUGGAUCAAAACUUAUUUGCUUGUUAGCUGGCCGACAGAACAGCCUGGCAAAGUUACAUGUGCAUUGACAAAUUAAUAAUAAAAUGUGCUAGACUUUUAUCAACGUGGAUAGAUGAAAGUAAAUAAAUAAUAUCAAUUGGUGUGUUGAUUGUUCUCCAAAUGAUCAAAAUCAUGUUGUUGGGUGUGAAAUAUUGAACAUUUUAUGUUAUUUGUUGCCAGAUGGCGCCACGGAGGGAGUCAAUCCUUAUUCCAUUCCUGUACAGAAUGAUCGGGUGGUGCCCAGGGGUCGUAUGGGAAAACCAACAAGAGUCAAUGUUUCGUGUACCUUGGAAAAAAUCCAAAUCACGUGGGUGGAAACCCGCAGAUUCCCAAAUAUUCCUGGAGUGGGCAAGGCACACCGGCAAGUUCAAGAAGGGGGAUACGUUUGACUACCCUGCGUGGAGGGUUCGGCUUCGUUGUACCCUCAAUAAAUCACCAGAGAUCCGGGAAGUGAAGAAACUGCACAGAAAGGUCGAUCCAAAUCCUUAUCAGGUAUAUCAGUUUGUACGAUCAUCACCACCUCGUUCCUUUUCCGCAGACGAUGAUUUUGUUUCCAAUACGUGCAGCAGCGUGUCUAUUGCAGCGACUCCUGCCAGCUCUGGCUCCCAACCAUCUCCAGUUAUACUAUUUGAGGAGAUCGAUCGUUUCCUCGACAAUACCUCCCCCCAACCCCCAAACAACAUAUCUCAUCAACAUUUGCCAUGGGAAAAUCCUCAGAUAACCUCAGUGGUUCUGAAUAGGGCUGAAAAUAAUGUAACAGCCAGCUUAACACAUCCACCUCUAAGGAGUGAGCUGAAUCAGCCCCCUCUUCAAACAAUUCCGAACGAAAAUUUCACUUGUGAAAUGGUUGAUCAACAGGCGAAUGAAGUUGCCUUAGGGGAAGUCGGAUUUCCCAGUUUCUCGUCUGUUGAAACCAACCAAAGUAUGCCGUCAGAUCUCAGGUCCGUCAAGUCUGAUGAUCUGGUGCGGCCAGCCUCUGGGGAAAAUGUGCCCUCAUUGCCCAGUCUGAAUACGCCCGAUACUAGUUUAGGAUCUUACACCUCAACACAGCCGGGGGGAAACAGAGAGAACAACAUAGUUGUCCAAACUAUUCCGAGCCCAGCAGAGGAGAGUGUUUUCAGUUUUUGUCUGUGGUACGGCUUCAACCAAAGAUUGCUUGUGAAGGAAGGGCGUAUUUCCUCACAGGGCUGUCUUUUUACUGAUCCUAUCAAGCUCCAACAGAAAAUGUGUGGCCCGACAGAAAUGGAACAAAUUGAGAUGCCAAUGGUAGACCAGUGCUACGGCUAUAAGAAAAUUACUGAGCGUGAAACGAAGUUGAUAAGUGUACUCUUAGAGAACAUGGGAAAAGGCCUCAUCCUUACUGUCAAAGACGAUGUUGUCCAUGCUACACGUUUAUGCAAAACUAAUAUCUUUUUGUCUGACAAAAAAUCCAAGAGUUCUAAACUGGAGUGUGGGGAGCAAAAGUCAGUCCCGAUAUUGGAUGUCAAACAGAACUGUGAUUCCUUCGUAUAUCUUACUUUUGGACGAGAAAUAACAAAACAUCAUGAAAUUCCUUUGCGUGGAGUGCCCAUUUGCUUGAAAAUUGAGCAUUUAUUAAAAUCCAAGCAAAAAAUGAUGGUUCAAGAUACAAAUACUGAUUCAUACUCGCCGGAACUACUCAUUUCUGGAAAUGACGACAAAGAUCCUCUGUCAGACCAGUUUAAAAGCAUGAAUGUAUGCGAUCAGUAAAUCUGUCUCUGGAUGUCAUGUCUUUUGUUAACAUAAUAUUCUCAGUUGUGAUUUAAAUUUAUUGAUGUUCAAUGAACUUAUGUUCUGCUGUAGCAGGAUAAACCUAGUGCUGGACUAGAGUUACAGUCAAACCUCGUUAUACCGUCCCCCGUUAUACCGCCAGCCCAGCUUACCAUCAGGUUUUGCCAGUGUACGAAAAGGAACGUCUAUACUUUGUAUAAACUUUGUAUUUGAACCCUUCUUACUGCCACCCUUCAGCUGAGUUGUAUAGUCUUUAUUAAACUAAUAAAUUUAAAUUUGCCUCCAUGUAUCGCCAGCAAAUUGGCCCCCAGAGGUACACACUACACACAGCACAUUGCAUCCACUUGGUAGUUGCUUGAUAAUCUCUCUUUCCCACACACGCCAGCUACCCCCCCAAAAAAACAACAACAACACAACAACAACAACAACACAAAAACAACAACAACA